AUGAACUUGUUCAAGCAUCUCAUUAUAUUUGAUCUAAGCUCUAAGAUGUUGACUCGAGAAACUAUCUACACAUCAACGGCGAAUGAACAGAAAAAAAAAUGUACAAGAAAUGAAGAAAUAAAAGAAAAGUUGAGUGAUUUUUCAAAAAAGAAAAAAAAGGAGAAAGAAAAAGAAUUUUUGACCGUGCGCAGAUGUGAAAAAGAGAAACAACAGUUUGAAGUAUCCACGGCUGUUCAAAGAAAAGCAAAAACAGAAAAAUCCAGUGCCUUCUCUAUUUUGCAUAACAAAACUUUUAAGUCGAAACAAAAACUUCAACAUAAUCUUGAAAAAGUAGAAAGAAAAAAAGAAACAAUUAAUGAAAGAGAAUUGACUUUCAAAAUCAGACACUUCAAUGAAGUACAAUCUCGUACUUUACGUUCCCUGAUCAUCGAAAACUCCUACAGCGAAUCCAUUUCGGAUAAAUUCACUUUAAUAGAAUUUGGAACAUGUGAAGUUUUUAUUUAUCGAUCUUGGAGUGAAAAUUAUUACAAUUUUUGGGUCAUACAAUAUAAACUUGUUGCCUCCAAUGAAAUGAAUCAUCAUCUAAGCAAAUUCUUCAAAGAACAUUAUUGGAAAGCAAUAGAAUAUUAA